UCGUCGUGAUUGUUGAUCUCGUCGUUGAUCAGUCGCUGCGCUAGUAGAGGGGCAUCUGCCUUUAGCUUCACUAAUUUGGAGCAUAUACUUGUUUGACACCAAAAUCAUUACUAGGAACCAUGAAGAUCACAACGAUACAAGCCGCCGUUGGGUCGGCAGUAUUCCUCUUGAAUGCUCAACAAUGCGCUGCCACCGCUCAGCAUCGCCAUCACCAUCUGCACCUAGAGAAGAAGCACGGUCACAGUCACAACCAUAGCCAUGUUGGCAUUCAAAAUGCCUACAACCCAAAAUACAGCCAACGAAAUAGCUCCGCGCUCGUGUCGCGAGAUGGCAAGAAGAAGUGCCAAUUCCCAGAAGAUAAGGGUCUAUUUGCUGUCACUCCGUCUGGGAUGAACGGUGGCUGGGCCCUAGCCCCCGAUCAAGAGUGCGUCUCGGGCACUUGGUGCCCUAUCGCUUGCCCUCCUGGCAAAGUCAUGGCGCAAUGGAAACCGGGCACACAUUACACUUUCCCUGAAUCAACUUAUGGUGGUGUUUAUUGCAACGAUGAUGGUGAAAUUGAGGUUCCUUUUAAGAACAAGGACUGGUGUGUAGACGGUACCGGUGCGGUGGAAGCUGUAAACAAAGCUGGGAAGGUUGUUUCUUUCUGCCAGACUUGCCUCCCAGGCUACGAAGAUAUGAUCAUUCCUACCGAUGUCCUCGACACCGCCACUCUAGCUGUUCCGGACAUGUCUUAUUGGGACUCGACCGCAGCUCAUUACUAUAUCAAUGCUCCCGGUGUUAGCGCCGAUGAAGGAUGCCAUUGGGGUGACGAAUCGAAGCCCAUUGGUAAUUGGUCUCCGUACGUUGCCGGAGCGAAUACCGUCGGAGACGGAGAGACAUUCGUCAAACUCGGAAUAAAUCCGGUGUGGCAAGACUCGGCACUUUUUGAUACGAAACCAAACUUUGGUCUUAGAGUGGAAUGCCCGGAAGGAGGCUGCAACGGAGCAAAAUGCGAAGUUGACGGGUCUGGUGUUCGGAGCGAUAACAAAGCAUCUGGCGCUGGUGGCUCAGACUUCUGCGUUGUGACAGUACCUAAGGGCACUAAAGCUAACAUCGUUGUUUUUAACCUGGAUGGCUCGGGAGGGGAUGCUGAACCAUCAAGUUCUUCGCAAGCUACGUCUUCGUCCGAGCCCACUUCCACUCAGGCGUCUAGCACGUCGAGCACUUCUACAUCAAGCUCUGCGCCGCCGACAACGACGUCAACUUCGACUUCUUCAACUUCUUCAACUUCUUCGACAAUCAGUUCCACGUCAACCUCCUCCUCCUCCUCCUCCUCCUCCUCUUCUUCUUCUUCUUCAUCAUCAAGUUCGUCGGUAAUUAGCAUAUCGACAAGCAGUAGCUUCGUUACCAGCAGUUAUGCGACAACUUCAAGCCAGGCAAGUAGCACAAGUGCUUCGGCAUACAGAGGUGGUGUCUUCCAGGAAAAUGCAACAUCGAUUUCCAGCUUUACCCGAAGCCCGCCUUCCUCGACUCCCGUUCCCAUUCCUACCGAUGAAGGAGACGUUUCGGGUGAUUCAAACAAGAAUGAAGCCGCAGGUCAGCGACAAGGUGGCGCUGCCGUUGCAGGCCUGAUUGUUGCUUUUGUGGCCGCUACCUACCUACUUUAAACUAAUCAGGCGGUUAAGCACGUUGGUUACGACACGAAUCUUUUUCAUUUCACCUAUAUAUCUCGACCAGUAACUAAAAGCUUUGACGUUUCUACCCUGGCUAGUACGUCAUUGGUCAUCGUUGCGGUGCGGACUCCGUAUCGCUACCGGAAUUGUCGAUAUAUCCUACCAUAUUGGUACAACUAUAUACGCACUUAUCUCCGUACAUUU